AUGGCACCCAGUCCCAAGGUCGCCGAGGCCAUUGCCCGCGCCGAGGGCAGCGCUGGCGAAAAGGCGCCCCUCUACGAGUCCCUCCUCGCCGACAUCAAGACGCUCUCGGCGCCCGCCACCGCCGUCGACGACCUCAACGCCGUCGCCGACUCCUUCUUCCGCCAGGCCCUCGGCGUCGUGUCCACGCGGGCCGUGCUCGCCGCCUUUGUCGCGACGCUCAAGACGCUGCAGAACCCGGACCUCUGCAUCGAGGUCGGCGCGCACACGCUCUCGCUGCUCGCCGCGCAGCCCUCGUCCUUUUCCGACGCCGCCGCCGACCUGGGCGAGCUCGUCGCCGCCGCCCACGAGAACAACGAGGACUUUCUCGACGCGGCCAAGGCGCUGGCCGAGAUUCCGCUGGAUAACUCCCAGCGCAAGGUCGGCGACGCGGACCGCGCCAAGAUCUGGAUCCGCAUCGUCCGCAACUACCUCGAGGUCGAGGACUCGCUCGCCGCGGAAAUGUAUCUCAACAAGCUCAAGAACAUUAUGCACACGAUCCAAGACCCGGAUCUCACGCUGCACUUUAAGCUGUCUCAGGCCCGCAUUCAAGAUGCGAAGCGCGACUUUCUCGGCGCCGCCGGACGCUACCACGAAAUUAGCUUCUCGCCGGCCAUUGCCGAGGAGGAGCGCCUGCACACGCUCAGCAUGGCCAUCAAGUGCGCCAUCCUGGCCCCGGCCGGGCCCAUGCGCAGCCGUUCGCUCGGCCGGCUCUACAAGGACGACCGCGCGCCGCAGCUCGCCGAGUUUGGCAUCCUGGAGAAGAUGUUCCUCGACCGCCUGCUCGCGCCCGCCGAGGUGAGCAAGUUUGCCGAGGGCCUGCAGCCGCACCAGCUGGCGACGACGUCGGACGGGUCCACGGUGCUGGCCAAGGCUGUCGUCGAGCACAACCUGCUCGGCGCGUCGCGCCUCUACGACAACAUCCGCUUCGAGGCGCUCGGCAGCCUGCUCGGGCUCGACGCCGACAAGGCCGAGCAGACGACGGCGCGCAUGAUUGAGCAGGGCCGCCUCGUCGGCCGCAUGGACCAGCUCCAGGGCGUCGUCUGGUUCGAGGGCGGCGAGGCCUCGGGCGAAAAGGGCAGCGGCCACGCCAGGGAGACGGUCGGCAAGCAGACGCGCAAGUGGGACGCCAACGUCGAGAGCCUCGCGCAGCAGGUGGAACAGGUGACCAACUCGCUGCAAAAGGAGUUUCCGGACUUUGUUGCCACUCACCUGGCAGUUUAA